GUAUAGUAUAGAACUCACGGACUCUCAGUUCUAAAAGAAAACGCCUCAUGAACUAAGCCUUUCCUCGAUUUAACUCGUUUAAGGCUUGGGAAAAUGGACUUAACCCCUGUGGCAAUAUGAAGACCAAUAUCAACAUGACAAUGACCCAGAAGCUAUCAAAACUAGUUGGUUUCGACCUCUUGUCUGGGUCUUCACCAACCCCUCAAAACCUCACCAAAAUCAUAUCUUUCUGCGCAACAUCGGCUUCUUUCGAUGUGGGUAGCGCCAUUCACGCCAUUGUUAUCAAGUUGGGUUUUUGUUCGAAUGUCUAUAUAUGCAGUGCCCUCGUCGACGUGUACGGCAAAUGUGGCAAGUCGUGGAAUGCCCAGAAGGUGUUCGACGAAACGCCUCACAGAAAUGUAGUGACUUGGAACACUUUGAUUUCUGGUUAUUUGCAAGCUGGUUCGCCACUGAGAGCAACUCGUUUGUUUCUGGACAUGUUAAGGGUCGGAACAGAGCCGCCGACGACGUUCAGCUUUUCGGGGGUGUUGGUGUGUUGCGCACAGUUAGAAGCUGAAGAGCUUGGAGCUCAGGUGCAUGGUUUGAGCUUGAAAAUGGGGCUUUGUGAUGAUGUUGUGGUGGGAACAGGAUUGAUAGAUAUGUAUUCCAAGUGUUGUAACGUUAGAGAGUCAUGGCGGGUGUUUAAUCAAAUGCGAGACAAGAAUGUUGUGACAUGGACUUCCAUGGUUACUGGGUGUGCACAGAGUGGGCAGUCUGAUGAGGCAGUGACUUUGGUGAGAGAAAUGCUGAGGUUGGGUAUCAGGCCGAAUUAUGUUACUUAUAAUAGUUUGUUGAGUUCUUUUGCUAGAAUGGACUUUUGGGAUUGUUGCAGGCAAAUCCAUUGCCGGAUAGUGAAAGAAGGGUUUGAUUCCAACGUGUAUAUUGUGGUUACCCUUUUGACCUUAUAUUCAGAGUCUAAUAGUAGCUUGGAGGACUUCCGUGCGCUUUGCUCAUGUGUUUCAGUGUGGGAUCAAAUCUCAUGGAAUGCAGUAAUUGCGGGUUUUUGUAAUAUUGGGAGCAGUGAGGAAGCUCUGAAGUGUUUCUCUGAAAUGAGGCAGGCCGGUGUUGCUGUGGAUUUUUUCACAUUUACAAGCAUUUUAAGAGCAGCAGGAACUCUUUCAGCACUUGUAGAGGGAAAGAAAAUCCAUGCUCUCAUCUUCAAGAGUGGACAUGCUUCAAAUUUAUGUGUUCAGAAUGGGCUUGUUUCAAUGUAUGGAAGAUGCGGUGCCAUCCAUGAUGCAAAGUGGGUGUUUACUUUGAUGAAAGAACAUGAUGUGGUCUCCUGGAAUUCAUUAUUAUCAGGUUAUGCACAUCAUGGAUUUGGGAAGGAGACUGUUGAAUUGUUUGAGCAAAUGAAAAGAACAGCGGUCAAACCAAAUAAUACCACCUUCCUGAUUGUACUAACUGCCUGUAGCCAUGUUGGUCUGUUGGACAAAGGGCUUGAGUAUUUCAAUCUAAUGACAAAUGAUGAUUUGCCUGAACCACCUAAGGUGGAGCAUUAUGCUACCGUCGUUGAUCUUUUUGGUCGGGCUGGAAACCUUCACGAAGCGGAAGCCUUUGUGAAUAGCAUGCCAAUAGAGCCAGGUGCCUCAGUAUACAAAGCUCUACUUAGUGCGUGCCAAGUUCAUGGAAACAGAGAACUUGCUCUUCGUUCUGCAACAAAGCUUCAGCAACUGUGCCCAAAUGAUGCUGCAACUUACAUACUGCUAUCAAAUGCGUUGUUGACAAGAGGCUCCUGGGAUGAUGCAGCAGGAGUACGGAAGCUCAUGUAUGAUAGAGGAAUAAGAAAAACUCCUGGUUAUAGUUGGAUUUGAUUCAACAGUACAAUAUGAAGAAAAGGUGGAUACAACUUUUAAGAUGGACAUAAAAAUACCUGUUCUUGUAGAAGCUGAGACACUCAUUCUUUCUCUUCUCCCUUUCUCCGGCCACCAUUAUAUUUUGUAGAAGCUACAACAUGGCCGUGGAAUCAGAUGACGACUAGGACGAGGAUGAGAAGGAGUCAUCUGAUGUUGGAAUGGCAGGACUCGGAAAGAUUUUGUUCUUAGUUUCAGCUAAACUCUGAGUCUUGAAUUGUUUGCAGUGUAGUUCUUUUCCCCGUUGCUGUUACUUCUUCAUUACAUGGUGGUUCAUGGGUUCUUCAGUCCACUCUAUGAGCAGCUUGGCAUUGAGAUCUUUGGACUUGGAUUUAUCACAUCCUUACUUUUCGUAUUCUUUGUUGGCGUCUUUGUUUCCUUAUGGAUGGGUGCCACUGUUUUCUCUCUUGGAGAAUGGAUUAUAAAGAAAAUGCCUUUUGUUAAGCAUAUCUACUCAGCCUCCAAACAAAUUAGUUCCGCAAUUUCCCCAGGUAAUACUUUAUUUAAUUUAUGUUUAUGCUUGGUGACUAUGCAUUUUAUUGCAUGAAGAGAAAAUGCACAAGUACUUGAACACAGUAGGAUGGAGUUGUACAAACCCCGUGCUUAUAUUAUAUAGCUUGUGCUGUCCCAAAAGUUCAUUGUACUUGUUCAACCCAAGUGCCCCUGGAGGGUUUUUAACAAAGAACAGCUAAAUUUUCAGCCAGAAAAAGUGAAAAUUGGAUUGUCAUAAUUAGAGAGAAACCACUCCCAUCCUGUACAUCUGCCAAGUAUAAAUUGUGAAAGUGAAAGUGGAUCACAAAUUUGCAAGAUGUAAAAUGCUUACUUUUCCAGGGAUGCAGCAUCUAGACAGAGCACAUGUACUUUUGCAGCAUACUAAAACCAGACCAGGGCUUGUAAU